AUGCAGAAUUACCACGGGGAUCCCUACGAGCGAGAGCCUCUCGACUCUCAAAACUACUACAAUCCCUCGCCGCAACGACCCGUUCCUCCACCCCAUAGUUAUUCGCAAACCGCUGCCCACGACGCUCCCUCGAGAUCAAACCACCCAAGCGCUCAUCCUGAUUCUUCCUACAGCCGUGUGCAAGGCGGCUACGACGACUACCAUUCUCAAGGCCGCUCGGCUUCACCUUACGGAGAAUCAGCUGGCUACGAUAGUCCUCGACGUCCAUCACCUCACCAAGGCGACCGCGGCUACCACGGCGAUCAAGGCUACAACACCUACGGGGGUGGCGGAGGAGGACAUCUGGGUAGCGGCACAGGCGCAAUGGAACACUCUCGUUUGCCUCCACCUCCAUCGCGGACACAACAGAAUCCGUAUGGAGGAAAUGGCGGCUACGGAAACGGGUACGAUUCGCCCCGUGGACCUCCAGGCUCGUCUUCAACAUCACAAUACAAUGGAAGUGACCCUUAUGUCGACAACCCUUACCACGGAUUCACCAACUCGCGACACGGUAGCGCCAAUCUUGGUGUGGUGAAUCCUAAUGAGAUCAUCGACGACGGAGAUGAUGGUCUGGUGUAUGGAAAGAGUCAACGAAACUCGAUGCUGAGUCUUUCCAACUCAGACCGCGCAAAGAGGGGUGCUUCUGCUUCUGCUGCUGUGGUUGGAGGCGGUGCGGCUGCUGGCGGCCUAAUGAGCGGUAGAGGCGGAGCUUAUGAGAUGAACGCGGCACGCGAAAAGCCCUAUAGUUCGGCAGCCGACGAUACCGGGAGGAGCAAGAGGUGUAAAUGGCUCAUCAUCAUUGUGGUAUUCCUUGUCAUCGUCGGCGCCAUUGUUGGUGGCGUCGUAGGUAGCAUGGUCAACAAUGGAAAAGACGAAAGCAGCGCUGGUGGUAUCGGACAGGGGGAGUCAGCUAAGGACGACACGAAGAAGAACGGUGAUCUCGGAAAGAACAGCGCCGAGAUCAAGGAGCUUCUCAACAACCCUGAUUUGCACCGAGUAUUCCCUGGCAUGGACUACACCCCGCUCAACUCUCAGUAUCCUGACUGCAUGCACAACCCGCCUUCUCAGAACAACAUUACGCGCGAUGUGGCCAUCUUGGGCCAGCUGACCAACAAGAUUCGACUCUACGGUACAGAUUGCAACCAAACUCAGAUGCUGAUCCACUCCAUUCAGCGUUUGGAGCUUGACGACACCAAGGUCUGGAUGGGUGUCUGGCUGGACAAGAAUGAGACAACCAACGAGCGACAGAUGAGUCAAAUGUGGGAUAUUCUGGACGAGUACGGCGAUGACCCAUUCGAAGGCAUCAUUAUCGCCAACGAGAUUCUGUUCCGAGAGGAGAUGAACAUUACCGCCUUGUCAAAGAUUCUGUCCGACACUCGCACCAAGCUCAAGAAGAAGGGCCUGAAGUUGCCUGUCGCCACCUCGGAUUUGGGAGAUGAUUGGGAUUCUGAGCUAGCCGCUGACAGCGACUACAUCAUGGCCAAUAUUCAUCCUUUCUUCGCAGGCGUCGAGGCCGAUGAAGCAGCUGAUUGGACUUCCAGCUUCUGGAAGAACAACAAUGGACAAUUUUGGAAGUCUGACAAGGAGAAGAACAUCAUUUCAGAGACAGGCUGGCCCACUGGAGGCGGAACCCAUUGCGGCGGUACCGCGACUUCUUGUACCAAGGGUUCAGUUGCUGGCGUUGACGGACUGAACACCUUCAUGGAGGACUGGGUUUGCCAAGCCCUCAAGAAUGGUACCAACUACUUUUGGUUUGAGGCAUUCGACGAGCCCUGGAAGGUGAGGUACAACACCAAGGGCAAAGAGUGGGAGGACAAGUGGGGUCUCUUGACUAUUGAUCGCGAUCUCAAAAAGGGAGUCAAGAUUCCUGACUGCGACGGCAAGACGCUUAAGGAUUACAGCGCCUUUUCAUAA